UCAGCAGGCUCCCGGGAAGCCAUGAACCCCUCCUGGCGCGCCGCGGACAGUGGGGCCGCUGCCAGGCGGCUGCUCCUCGGGGCUGCGACGGCAGCAAAGGGGCUUCGGGAAGAUCUGAGGGGCGCGGCCGCUCGGCCUUGGAAGGGCCUGUCCCGGACCCCGAAGCAGGAAGGACCUCGAGAGGAGGAGGUGGAGGCUGCAGGACACGAGUUCCUACUGCCAAAAGAGAGAAGCUUUCAGAAUGCUGCUAAAAGCAAUAAUUUGGAUCUUAUGGAAAAGCUGUUUGAAAAGAAGGUUAACAUUAAUGCUGUGAACAAUAUGAACCGCACAGCCUUGCAUUUUGCAGUGGGGGGAAAUCAUUUAUCUGCGGUGGAUUUCUUACUGAAUCACAAGGCCAGGGUUGACAUUGCUGAUAAGCACGGCUUGACUGUAAUUCACCUUGCAGCCUGGACUGGAAGCUUUGAGAUCAUGCUCAUGCUGGUUAGAGCUGGAGCAGACCAGAGAGCUAAGAACCAGGAUGGAAUGAAUGCCCUUCACUUUGCAGCUCAGAGUAAUAAUGUGCACAUUGUGGAGUACCUUAUUCAAGACCUGCACCUGAAGGACCUGAACCAGCCCGAUGAGAGAGGAAGGAAACCAUUUCUUUUGGCAGCCGAGAGAGGCCACGUUGAAAUGAUAGAAAAACUCAUCUUUCUCAAUCUGCAUACUUUGGAAAAGGACAAGGAAGGAAACACGGCCUUGCAUCUGGCUGCAAUGCAUGGCCACAGUCCUGCAGUUCAGGUGCUGCUAACUCAGUGGCAGGAAGUCAAUGAGACCAAUGAGCUCAAUGUCAGUGUUUUGCAGACUGCAACCCGGAAUGGCCACACAUCCCUUGUCAACUUUCUUCUCAGUGAGAACAUCGAUCUGCACCAGAGGAUGGAACCUAAGGAGUCCCCUCUUCAUUUAGCAGUUAUCAACAACCAUGUCACAGUGGUAAACAGCUUAUUAAGUGCACAGCAUGAUAUUGACAUCUUAAAUCAGAGACUGCAAACCCCUCUGCAUGUAGCAGCUGAUCUUGGAAAUGUGGAACUGGUGGAAACCCUGCUGAAGGCUGGCUGUGACUUAAAGGUUGUUGAUAAGCAAGGAAAGACUGCGUUGGCUGUGGCAUCUAGGAGCAACCACAGCCUUGUUGUGGACAUGCUUAUUAAAGCAGAGAGAUACUAUGCCUGGAGAGAGGAGCAACCUGAGAGCAUCAGGGAGCCACAAGCAGGCUUUACUCUGACAUUCAAGCAAGACCACAGUCUGGAGACGAGGCACAUUCGCACACUCCUCUGGAACCUGGCUUACCGUCAGCUGAAAACCAAUGAGUGGCAGAGGCUAGCUCACUUCUGGAACUUUACAGAUGACCAGAUCAGAGCCAUAGAGGAACAGUGGUCAGGAAACGAAAGCUUCCGUGAGCAUGGCCACAGGGCUCUGCUCAUCUGGUUGCAUGGGGUCCUGAUGACACAGCUCGAUCCUGCCAAGCACCUGUAUGAAGAGCUGGUACGUGCCGGUUUCCCAGAACUAGCUGAAAAGAUUCGUCAAUUCAAAAGCAAAACUGACUCAAGCUCCAAGAAGUGUACAGUUUCAUAAAAGCCUAAAGAAAUUUUUUUAAGGGGACUUCUCCCUCGGCAUUUGGUUCUUUUAAAUGCAGUUUCUUAUUUCUUCCAGCAGUUUGAUUUUCAUCUUAACUAUGAAGAUGGUGGUGACAGGACCUGCUAGCAAAUGGGAAAAGAGUAAUACUGUUAGAAUUUCGUACCAUGGAGAGGUUACUUAUUCUUUUUGGCUUUUGCUUAAAGCAAGUUGUGUCUUUCCCACUUUUGUCAUUUGAUUCAACACCUGUAAUGGCAUGAUCUAGAAGAGUAUUUUUGUACCUCAUGUUUUAAAAAGUCUGAUAGUGAGAGCAGCAUGGUGACUUAUGGAAAAACCAAAGGUUUUAGAAUAGAGAUAGUUUUGAAAUGGGUUUUGCCACUUAUUAGCUGUGAGCCUUGGACAUGUUAAUAUUAUUUAAGUUCUCAGAUCUUCACUUUCCGUUUCUAUAAAGUGGGAAAUGUCUAUUCCAUAGGUUUGGGGAGAAGAAGACAGAAUCCUGUGAAAUGCUGGACCAUCUGACCAUUGCAUAGAAAUCAUGAACUGUUACUUCUCUUCAGUAAGGGUUUGGAAAUAUGGUGGCAUUAAAUCACACAUACAUGAAAUAGAUUUCUUAGAAAACACCAGAAAUAUAUACACAAAUAUAGUUUUUCAUUUCUUGAUGAUGUA